UUUUUCAGUUGCCGUUUUUCCGUUGCCGCAACCAGACGUUUGAGCCGGUUUGAAUUCGAAAAUCUUGCUCUCUUUUUCGCGCUCGUGUUUUUGUUCGUUACGAAUUCAAAACAAAAACAACUACCGAGGAGCGCACGCAUUUUGAGUUAUUUUUAAAAAGAAGAAGCUGCAGAUCUGCUCUUUUUUCUCGGUUUCUCCAUGCCGAAACCGAAAUAAAACCCAACAACAACAACCGAAAACCGAUUUUGUGAGUGCAAUAAACCAAACUGCAUCGGUGUAAAUAUGCGUGUUUGGUUGUGUGUUUGUGCGGUGAAUCUACGAAAAUAAAACACGCAUCAAAAAUCAUACUAUAAAUAUAUAUACUCUCAUCUAUAGCCUAAACGAUACGAGUGAAAUUAUUUGCUUAGAAAUUGGUUGGCCGAAAAUUUGAAAGCCCAAAUAUUUGCAUAUAAGCCGCAGUUUGACAGUCACCCAACGGGAACUCAAAAAAACCCGUCAAACGGGUUAAAAAACUUGUAAAAAAAAGAGAUAUUUAUGAAAAAUCGUUACUUUUUUGUGUGAACCAAACAGCCGAAAGCAAAAAGUCGGCAAAAAUUAUAGCAAUUACCACAGAAUAUAUCAAAGAAAAACCCUGCAGUUCCAAGCCAAGUUUCGUGAAGUAACGAAGCAACAACUGCAAUUGCAGCAUCAGCAGCAUCUAUGAAAACAGUAAUUUGAUCUAAGAACGCCCACUAAACAAGAAGAACCUUUAAAGGGAUUAACUAAAGAAGCCACAACUAUAACAACAGCUGCAACAUCUGUAGAAAAAAAACUCUGCGUUAAAAAAAGCAAAUGCAUUUUUAAACCAACGUUAAAAAAUCCGCAACAUUAAAACCAUCAGCCUAUCAAGAUACCGUAUGAAUUUUGGGCAAUAAAAGCAAGAUACCAGCAACAACAUCGAAGAAACAUUCAAUAUUUUAGCUUUAAAGAUCACGAGAAGGUGGUUUUAAUGAAGUCUUAGACCAAAACUUACAAGCAGCUACAACAGCAACUGCAGCAGCAACGAUCGCCGCAGCAGUACCCACUGCAGCAGCAGCAGCAACAUCAACAGUGGCAUUUCAUAGCGAAGGCGCCGAAAGACGUUGGGUGCGUCAGGCAGUCAUGGGGGUAUUGAGGUGGCGCGAUUCCCCCGGAUCGCGUAUAUCGGGUUCAAUUGGCAGCAGCAGCAGCGGCAACAGUAACACCAACAACAAUCAUCACCAUAGCAGCAGCAACAGCAGCAGCAGCAACAACGCUCAUCAGCAGCAGCAGCAGCAACACAACAACAACCACAUCAACAAUAAUAACAACAACAACAACAAUCGAGAGAGCCACCACCGCGGCAGUAAUACGAGUGAGGAGCGCGUGCCACAGCCGCACUCGCCCCACGACAGCCACGCCCAUCCGCACAACGGUGGGCUGCAGCACUCGGGAUCGCGGGCAACACUGCGCCACUCGAUGAACCACUCGAGCAGCUCCACAGUCUCGGGCUCCGCCUGCAGCUCCACGCCCGCCUCGCCCCAGUUGAGUGGCGUCCAGCUGCUGUCCAACGGACACCACUACCAAUCACAGUCGUCGGUGAGCUCCAACUCGUCGAUCGUUUCGGCCAUUCCCGCCUCACAGAGAUUGCUGGAUGAGGCGCUGGCCAAGUCGGCCCCCUAUCCCAUGAUCCUGCUGCCCAUGCACGGUGGCUAUUGGAUGGAUGGCACCGAACAUGAGUGCGGCUACGAUCCCAGGGGAAAUCCCCUGCUGCCGCAAACCACCUGGAUGGCCAAGUUCGAGACGGACGAUACGGCCAAGUGCUAUCGGAGAUUCUAUGCGGCCAGGGAGCACUCGAAUUUGGUGGGACAGGAUGAGCAGUUGGGCCCGAUUCUAAUCUCCAUCAAAACGGAAAAUGUUGCCAACCAGGAGCACAUGCGAAUCCUGAUGAGAUUGCGAACUGGCACGAUGCACGAGCUCAUUCCGGUUUCAUACCUGCUGCCGCAGCCAAGUCCGGCGAAAAUGGCACAAACAUUGAAUCCCUCAAUAACGGUGGAGAACUUUAUGCCCGUUCUGUGCCCCAAGGCAUCGCAACUCAUCAGCGUGUACGACGAACAUGUCCUCGUUUCGCAUUUCAAGUUUGGAGUGCUCUACCAAAGAUAUGGACAGACCACGGAGGAGGAACUCUUCGGUAACCAGCAGACAUCGCCAGCCUUCGAUGAGUUCUUGGACGUGUUGGGUCAGCGGAUCAGGCUCAAGGAUCACAAGGGCUACAGGGGAGGACUGGACAUUCAGAAUGGUCAUACGGGCGACACAGCUGUCUAUGAGGUUUUCAAGGAGCGCGAGAUCAUGUUCCAUGUAUCAACUUUAUUGCCCCACACCGAGGGCGAUCCGCAGCAGUUGCAGAGGAAACGACACAUUGGCAAUGACAUUGUGGCCAUCGUCUUCCAGGAGACCAACACGCCCUUCUCGCCCGACAUGAUUGCCAGUCACUUUUUGCACGCCUUCAUCGUGGUCCAGCCCAUUGAGCCAAAUACCCCACAUACCCGCUACAAGGUCAGCGUUACCGCCCGCGACGAUGUGCCCUUCUUUGGUCCCACGCUGCCCAAUCCCGCCGUCUUUCGCAAGGGUCAGGAGUUCAAGGAGUUCAUCCUGACCAAACUGAUCAAUGCGGAGAAUGCGUGCUACAAGGCUGAGAAGUUUGCCAAGUUGGAGCAGCGCACCAGGACCUCGUUGCUGCAGAAUUUGGUAGAGGAGCUGCGGGAGAAGACUCGCGAUUUUCUGGGUGCCGAUUUUACCCAGACGUCGGCAGGAAGUCCCACGCCCGAAACCCCAAAAGCGGAAAGUGGCGGUGGCGGCAAUGCCGGCUCACGAUUCAUCGACACCGUGAAGAAGGCCUUGAUUAUGAGGGUGCGGUCGCAGAGCGUGGAUACCGGAAAUGGUCAUGGACCCGGACAAACGGACAAGUUUAGCGUGAACACCAAGUUGGGCACACUGAAUGCCAAGAAGGAGGCACAUCCCGAAAUGCAGACACCCAAUCUGAAUUCCUGCAGCCGCACGGCCUCGAAGUCAUCAUCCAAGUCCAAAUCCUCAAAUGAGUCCACCUCCUCAUCUCCGGACAUCACAUCCCGGCAGGCGAACAACAACAACGGCUCCAAUGGCGGUCUUUUGCCCCAAAAUGGAUCCGGAGUGGGCGUGGCGGCGGCGGCAGUGAGUGCCGCCCAAAAUGGAGUGGUUGCCGUGGCCACCAUGUCGGAAACCAGCGAUGAUUCCAGCCUGAACAGCGUGGAUCUGGACCCCAUGAUGGCCCACUUGGAUGGCGGAGCCACCUACAUAGACAGUGAUACUGGUCUGGAGAGCAUGAGUUCGGCGGAGGCCACCACCAAGGCCUGCUCGCUGUGCCUGGAUGGCGUCCAGUCCACCAUGAUGGGUAGUUCGCCCAGCAACGAGACGAUCGUCAAGAUCGAGAACCUGCGGCAGGAGGUCACGCGGUUGAAGUGCGACAAGCUGGAUCUACUCAGACAGAAUGUGACCUGUCAGCGCGACAUCAAGCGACUUAGGGAGCGGGAACUCUCUCUGCAAGGCGAUCUAUCGGCGGCUGGCAGGGAGAUCCUUCGACUGCGGGACCUUCUCAAGGAGUAUAUGCCCGAUACAGCUUCAGCACCACUCUCCAUAUCGCCCAUCUAAGCGUCCAACGCAAGCCUUUGAUUAUUGGAUUGGAUGUGGCAGAAAGGCUGGAAAAGGAGUAACCACUGUGCCGUGUAUAACACUUUGGAUAAUGGGAUCGGAUCGAAGAGCCGUUUGGAGAGUUGAAUUGAGCAGACAGUUGGCGAAGCCCUCUCCCAAAAAAAAAAAAAAAAAAAAACAAAUCAACCCCAAACAAAAACAAAAAC